UGUACACACUGUUCAUGAUUCAUCAGCUGUCGUCAAUUCGAGAAAGUUUAGAACGAAAACAACACGCAAAAACAACGUAAUUUACAAAAAAUCUAAGAAAUCUCUGUUCAUAUUACUUAGAAAAUUUUUCGGGAUGUCGGUAAACACGGCACACGCCAAUAAUGGCGUGCUCAUACAUGCAGGCGAAUACAUUCUUCUGCACAGCGAUAGCGUGAGCAUCGACUUUUCUGGACAGGACAAUCAUCUGUUCCGAGGAUCGAAGCAGGGACGCGUUUAUUUGACAUCGCAUCGAAUGAUAUUCAACAGCAAAAAAUCCGAUGAUGUGAUGCAAUCCUUUAGCGCACCCUUUGUGGCACUAUCUGAUGUGGAAAUCGAGCAGCCCGUAUUUGGAGCCAAUUACAUUAAGGGCAAGGUUCGCGCCCAGCCCAAUGGCAAUUAUGUGGGCGAGGUCAAGUUCAAGCUGUAUUUCAAGGCUGGCGGUGCCAUUGAGUAUGGCCAGGCAUUGCUGCGUGCUGCAAAGACCGCACAAGGCAACUUCCAUCGCGGUGGUCUAGCGGGAGAUGAUCCACCGCCAUAUGCACCAGCUGGUGCCUGGCAUGAGGCUCCACCACCGGCCUACCAGCCACCACCAGGCUACUAUGGCUGGUUGCCACAGCAUGAUGCGUUCAGUGGUCCGCCACCGAAUACAGUGUUUGUGAGCGACAAUCCGCCGCCGUAUCCUGGCAUGACACCACCAACUAACCAUCAGGCACCACAGGCACCGUAUAAUCAGCAGCAGCAAAGUGAUGCAACUUGGUAUGGUUUUUCAGCGCCGCCAGAUCAGCCGCCACAACAGCAGCCUGGCUAUGGAGCCCCAGCCUGGAACGGUGGUUAUGCUCAGCCACCGCCGUAUGCUUCUUGUGCUCCAGCAUGUCCGCCUGGUCCGCCUUAUGGUGGAUAUCCUGCACAAGGAUAUGGCGCACCUGCUCCACCCCAUGGUGCAUAUAAUCCCAACAUUCCUGGUGGUUUCAUGCAGCCCGGCUUGCAGCAACCACAACAACCAAAUGGCUAUCCAGGAGGGUCUGCUCCACCACAGCCGCAACAACCGAAUGGCUAUCCAGGAGGCUCUGCUCCCCCACAGCAGCCCCCAGCUGGUCCCGGUGCCGCUGCUAAUGCAGCAGGGAGUGCAGCGGCUGCCAACUUUAUGGGAUUUAGCUUGCCACCCGGAAAUUCAAAAGAAGCCGAGGCUGCGGCCAGCGCGUAUAAUACACCCUAUAAUCAACGCGGACCGAAUGCACCUGGACCCAGUGAUAUGCCGCCGUCAUAUAAUAAUUUGCCACCCAGCUACAACGAUGCAUCAAAGAAAUAUCAUUAAACAGCUUAUUAACCAUUUAAAAAUAUCUAUAUUAAACUAAAAAAGAAUGGCUCAUUCCACUUUUUGUAAUUCGUUAACUGGUGGAGACUUGCAAAGCAAAUUAUUAAAUUUCCUUAGAAACCCUGAAAAUUGUUUAUAAAACAUUGCUGUAUUUAAUUUUUAAGCAAUCUCUGUACUAAAUCUGGCGCUGCAAUAUUUGAUUCAACUAUUGCUUUUAUAUUAAUCAACUGGCAAGAAUUGCAAAGAUAAACGAAUUAUUUGUUGUACAAUAUCGCUUGUUUAUUUUAUACAUUUUAUAUAUUGUCUGUGUGAAGUCACAAGUUAAAAAUGCUUUUAAAGUACGUUUUAUUAUUCUUUUUUUGUUUUAAAAUUGUUAUUAACUAUAAACUAUUAUAUGAAUGAAAAUUUCGAAGAUCUAUUGAGGCCUGUUGCAAAUUCUACUUUAGGAUGAACUCGACAGAAAUAUGUAGCAUAUUUUUUACAUAUAUACUAUGCUCUCAAGUUUCUGUGGAAUUGAUUUGAGGGUGGAAUUCACAACUAGUCUGAUUAUUAUGUGCAUAUAAAACAAAUAUAAUUGUAUAUGAAAUAUAAA